AUGGCUAGAUCUCCCUGCUGUGAAAAACAACAUACAAAUAAAGGGGCUUGGUCUAAGGAAGAAGAUGAACGGUUAAUAAAAUACAUCAAGUCUCACGGUGAAGGUUGUUGGCGUUCUCUUCCAAAAGCCGCGGGCUUGGCUCGUUGCGGCAAAAGUUGCAGACUUAGAUGGAUAAAUUACCUCCGACCUGAUCUCAAGCGAGGAAACUUCACUCGCGAAGAAGAUGAACUUAUCAUUCGUCUCCACGACCAAGUCGGUAACAAAUGGUCUCAAAUUGCUCAACAAUUGAAGGGAAGAACAGACAAUGAGAUCAAGAAUUACUGGAAUACACACAUCAAGCGUAAACUCUACGGCCGCGGAGUUGAUCCUUCAACACAUAAACCACUCAAACCCGCUUCCACGUCCGCCGCUGCCGGUGUUGGUGCUAGUACUUCCUCGACAACCACGGCCUCUGCCGUUGCUUCUCAAACAAAUCUUAUCAGCAAACCGACUCUGAAUCCUGUGAUCCCCACAUCCAGUGGCAGUAGCGUAAGCCACAAGAGCUUGAAUACUAAAAGCGCGUUUCCGUUAUUCAGUUUCAACGGCGGUCUGAAUAAAAAGUUAGUUGUAACUGAUUCUGGUUGUUAUGGCGGUGUUGAGGAUUCAGUUUCAAACAGUAGCAGCGGUGUAACAAUAGAGGAAACACCUUGUCCUCCUCAAAUCAACUUGGAACUUUCAUUGGCUCCACCAUUUCAGCAGUCACAGGCGGUGGCCCCGUCACAAGGUGUGUGUCUUUGUAAUCAAGCUUUACGCUUACGUGGAAACGGACCUUGCUGCUGCAUGAAUACCAGGCCUACUACGAAUGGUGUUUCUGCGGCUGCUCCACCACCUACAACAACUGGUACCGGCAAUGAUUUUUUUAGAUUUUUCGGAGCCGGAUUUAUGGAGUUUUGA